AUGCAGUCCUCUCCUUUCUCCGUCUACAACACCGGAUUGGAUCUCUCCUACAAAGAAACGUUGGAAUUCAUUUACGCCACAUGUCCUGGCAAGUCUGGCCCCACCGAAAUCCAUGCGCCAGUGAUCACCCUGCCCGAAGACCCGGUGUCCUGCUUCACAGAGGCAAUUUACACGACCAAGAACGGUGAUACCUGUGACUCGAUUGCGCAGACGCACUCCGUUGCAUCGGCUGCGUUACGAGAGUUUAACUCUAAGCUGCAUCAUAAUUGCACCGAGAUCACCGUCGGGAUCGAUCUGUGUCUGCCUCUGACAUGUGAUACUCCCUACAUCCUCCAGAAUGGGGAUACCUGCGAAUCCAUUGAAUUUGUACAGGACCUUGACAUUGGGACGGUUAGAAGAUACAAUCCCUGGAUCAACUUCUGGUGCGACAAUCUCCAGACCACCAUAUGGACUAACGGGCGCACUAUCUGUCUCACCCCUCAGGUUGGGUACUACAAUAUCACCGACCCCAUCCCGGGCGAGCUCAUUGCUCCUGGUGAAAGUACUGGGUACACAGGUACUGCGAUACCGCCACCCUCGAACGCCACGGUUGCCAAUGGCACCACGCUCUACUGUGGUCGUUGGUACGAGGUCAGUAGUGCAGACGAUACGUGUGUAAGUAUAUGUACGUCUCACGGCAUCACGAUUGGACUGUUCCGAGCAUUGCCGGAGCUGGCUCCGCAGGUUGUACCGGGUUGUUGCGAGUUGGACUCGCCUAUUGCGUGGGACCUCUUUACAUGUGGGACUCGAGCAGCCCCGAUGAUGAACUAG